GGGCAGGAUAGAUCACUACAUUUAUAUCAAUCAUAAUACGUCACUAAUGCAUAUAUUAUGUAUUUUUUCAUUUUAUGUAAAUAAGGGUUUGUACGUAUAUCAUGUCUAACCAUGGGUUUGAGAUAACGAAUAGGGUAAUGCAGGAGGAAGAAGGAAGAGGAACUGCAUGCUUCGGACUUUUAUUUUGAAUUUAACCUACGCUACAAUAUGUACACAAACCAGAAAUGGAUAAUUACAAACUCAAAAAUCACAAAACGAACAAUUUCAUCAGGUUUAAGCACUGAAAAUAUGUGAUUAACUAACUAGAUAACAAGGAAAAAAAAACAACAGCACGGGUACAGUGGGAAUGCGGUUUUUCUGAUAGUAUUUGCGUUACUGCUGAUAUGACACUAACACCGAUUUUUCUGUGGAUAAGCAUUUUUCAGAAGGAGUGUUAGCAUGAUGCAGCUGGAGGCCCCGUUGCGGCUGUGUCAUAACUGUCUGUGGUACUUUAAGUUCUCUCCGCGCCUUCUGUCGCUUUCUGCUUUUCCCAGGUCAUCCGCAAGUUACUAUGACGUUCUUGGGGUUAAGCCUGAUGCAUCACUGGAGGAAAUAAAGAAUGCAUUUUUUGAUAAAUCCAAAAAGCUUCACCCUGACAGUGACCCUUCUAACCCAAGUCUUCACAGUCAGUUUGUUAAGUUGAAUGAAGCGUACAGGGUGUUGAGCAAAGAGGGCACCAAAAAGGAAUAUGAUUUCCGAAUGAGACAUCAGACUGUCGACUAUAGUUAUAGAUCCUCUUCCAGAUACACACACAACCCCAGCUCUGCUGAGACAGCUGAGGAUGUGCGCUACUGGGAGCAGUUUCGGACUGCUCAGGAUUACUCGGAGGAAGGCUGGCAGAAGAAGAGGAAGAAAAAUUUGCGCUUGGUGGGCUACUGCAUGAUCGCUAUGCUCCUGAGUAUCGGCACCCAUUACUUUGGGUUCAGAAAGCUGGAGGAAAUACAUAACGACUUCAUGGAUAAAAAGGAUAGUGUCAUCACUAAAAUCUACAAUGAAUCCAAAGAAAGAGCCAGGGUAAAUGGUUUUAAGAAACAACAGGAGAUCCUGAGACAGAAACAUGCAGAAUUUUUGGAGAGAUACAAGCUUCGACAAAGUGGCAAAGAGAAGUAGAUAUAUCAUACAGACAUUAUGAGACAGGGUAGUGUCAUUUACUGGAACUGAGUGCACAUAGAUGUAGCAGGUUGCUGUGGGAGGUGGAUUAAAGGUGCUUAAAAACCAAUAAUAAUAAUAAUGAUAAUCAGUGUGCGACAUUUGCGAACAUGUCCAGGAUGCAGAGAAAACGAAUUCGUAAUCAUUUACAAAAACACGUCAACGAUUGGAUGACAUGCUUUUUAAUGAAGAGUGUGUGUACCACAAGUCAUGGUCAGUAGAAACCCGGCUACACAUAUGGCAGGUUCUAAAUAACUGCACUUGGAUGAAGUUCUAUGGAAAAGAGUAUGUAUGUGUUGUAUUUUACUACCUAGGGUAGAUUAAAGGCAAAAAGUGAAAGUAAUUUCCUUACUGCAAUAUAAAAGCAUCAAGCAGGCAUCAUUUCCUUAUCAGUAUGUAUUAAAGACAGGAUUUUUAGUGAUGGUCGGGCUUUAUUUGCAAAAUAAAUAUAUACAGUGGAACCCGGUUAUCUCGCCCUCGGUUACCUCGACAACCCUAUUAAGCCGACGUUUUUGAAGUGAAACCGCCAAAUUCUCGCUUUGUCUAAGCAUUUU